AUGCCUGAUCGGGAGUCGGUGGGAGGUCCUGGGAGUGCAGGCAGUGGUUUCCUACCACUACAGUUCCCCUCGGCGUUUGCAGCCUUCCAUGCUUCAACCCCACCUGGCACUCCUACUACGGCUAUGCAUCACGCUACACAUUAUCAUCAUCAUGCCCAGCUGGCAGCAGCGGCAGCGGCGGCAGCUGGUGCAACAAGUGAACUAAGCUAUCUUGCUGCCCUCCAUCCAGCGUAUCGCCCAGUACCUUAUGAUCAUCCGUUGUAUGGAGCAAAUACGUUAAGAGGUUUAGAAUACCUUAGUGCAGCAAGGAGCUUGCAUCCAGAGCUGCAUGCUGGCAGUACACUAGCUAGCCAAGACUUUCAACUUAGUCUAGAAGGUUCAAGAAUAGCCUCACCAACCAGAUUAAGGUUAUCAGGAGGUGCUAUAGGAGCAUCUGCUAACCGCAAGAGAGCAGUUUCCUGGAGUCCAUACUCUGCCGAGUCUCUGGACCUGGCAGCUGUAAUCAGGGCGUCUCCUGCCAGCCUGGCUGUGAGAGCACCUUCAGCAGCUUCCACAGGCAGCUAUGGACAUCUUAGUGCCGGAGCAAUAUCUCCAGCUCUGUCUCUUUCGCACGCGUCUCUUGCGCAGCAGUUGCUGGCGCGGGGGGGCGUGGUGGGGGGAAGUGGGGUGCUGGCGGGAGGGGUUCUGAUGGACCCUGCCCACCAGCAGGCUGCAGCCGCCGCCGCGCACCACGCUGCGCAUGCGCACCUCGUGGCGGGGAUCCAUAGAUCUCACAUAUCAUCCCCGACACAACUCCUAAUGGGUGCUCCAGUGGACGUUCGGCCAGGUUUAACCCUGGACGGAACACCUCCUCAGCAUUUGCAGCAGCCUCCCCAGCAACCUGAGAUCACUAGCGUCAUGGAAGCUGAUAGUGCAUCAGGAAUGACGCAGCGGAAAUCCCCCCAAGGUCUAAUGGGUCACCGGGAGAACCACCACAGCAACAAGCCAUUAUCAGCGGCUGCUGAGAGCACCGUCCAUGAUGGACUGGAUUCCAAGGACGAACCUGGAGACUUCAUCGAGACCAAUUGUCAUUGGGUGGAUUGCAAACUAGAGUUCCCAACGCAAGAUGACCUGGUGAAACAUAUCAAUACAGAUCAUAUCCACGCCAGCAAAAAGGCUUUCGUCUGCCGCUGGGUGGGAUGCUCCAGAGAUGAAAAACCCUUCAAAGCUCAAUAUAUGUUGGUUGUACAUAUGAGAAGACAUACAGGAGAGAAGCCUCAUAAGUGUACGUUUGAAGGAUGCUGUAAAGCAUACUCCCGACUUGAAAACCUGAAGACCCACUUACGAAGUCAUACAGGAGAGAAACCUUAUACUUGUGAAUAUCCUGGAUGUGCGAAGGCUUUCUCAAAUGCUAGCGACAGAGCUAAGCAUCAGAACAGGACACAUAGUAAUGAGAAACCGUACGUUUGCAAAGCGCCAGGGUGUACGAAGAGAUAUACGGAUCCCUCAUCGUUACGGAAACACGUGAAAACUGUGCAUGGCGCUGAGUUCUACGCCAGUAAGAAGCAUAAAGGUUGCAGUCGUGGUGAUGAUUCAGCGGAAUCAGGUGGUGGUGGAGCAGGAUCUUCUCCCCGUUCUGAAGAGGGUGGAGUGCCCAUCGGUGUCAGAGGACACACAUCAUCAGCCUCUGUCAAGAGUGAAAGUCCAGCCUCACCAAUACCGCAUGGAUUGCAUACUCCUGCUCAUCAGAUAUCUUAUUUCAUCCAUCAGCUAUCUGCCCAGUGUGGUGGGGAACUGGAUUUCGGUGGUUCUGGUCUGGGCGGCUUCGGGGAUGAGAACGGUGCUCCUUACUUCAGGCUGGAUGGAGAGGUUGAACAAGAAGUUGUAGGUGAAGUUGGUCAACUGCCCCUAAUGCUUCGAGCCAUGGUGGCUAUUGGAGAGCCGCGAGCACAUCACCACGCGCCGAGGUUCGGAAAUAAGAUGGCGGUCGCGAGAUUAAUGCCGCCACCACAUCCAGAUAUUGGCCCUGGUGGACUACCAGGAAGAACUGAGCUUGGCAGCACCAGUGUUGCAGUAGAACUGAAGACAGGAGUUCCGAACACCAGGCGGGAUUCUGGUAUCUCAUCUGGCAGCAGUCUCUACAGUGCAAGAUCAUCAGACAUAUCACGGAAGAGCAGCCAAGCAUCAGUCGUGUCGGGUGCGGUGGCGACCACGACAGGCGUCGCCGGGCCGCAGCGCCUAGUGUCACAGCACACUACUGUCUAUGACCAACUCUCUCCUGACAGCAGUAGAAGAUCUAGUCAAGUUUCCUGUGUGGGCUAUGCCCCAGCGCCAUCAUCAGCACUCGCUGCUGUACAAGCCGUCAGAACAUCUCAAGGCAAUCAGGCCGUUCUCCUCCGAGGAGUGACCUGUUCAGAAGUACGAGCUGAGGAGUUAGCGCUGGAGCUUGACCCUAAUGUACAAGUGAAGGAGGAAGCCAGGAGACUGUCCGAACAGUCCAACCUGAGCGACCAGGCCCAGUACCAGCAGUACCCUUGUGGAACUGAUGAUGUGGGUGAUGCACCAUUCCCAUUCAAGACAGAAGAUGACCAAGACACGGUGACGUACAAAGAGUCUCGUUCUAACUCCACCAACACUGUCGUCAUCACCACGGCGCAGGUCCACCACCCCAACCAGGAGGUCAAUCUGGAACAGGUUGCCGAAGGUGAAAUGGUGGAAAACAAGCUGGUAAUACCAGAUGAAAUGAUGCAAUAUCUUAACCAAUCAAUAUUGGCAACGGAAUCGGUAACACCAGCUAAAACUGACUCCACCAACCAACCUGAGCAGGAAACCUCAAAAGACAAGGAAAGUGCUACCAAAGACAAUGCAACUAGUGACGUCCCUAACACAAACAAUUCCAGUGACAAAAUUAGUGACGUAGCCACCAGUGACGAUUCUCUACUUAAAAACUUAGGUGCCAUAGGAAGUGAUCUCAACAUAAGUGAUAUUCCAGUCGAUUUAAGAUCUCUAGACGUUAGUAUGUCGGGUAACAGCGGCUCCUUGCUCAACUCCAAGUCGCCUGAUGAUAAGGGUACUCCCUUACAAGAACAAGUGAUACCAGAAGUUGUUCCAGAAAAAUGCGAAAAGGAGUACACUAAACCGCCUUCAAACAACAUACCAACGAAUCCUUUACAGUCAUUGCAGACAAUGACUGCCAACCAAACAGAACAAACGAAUAGGAUGAGAGCAAAUCCAUUACCUCAGAAACAGAACGCGAUGAGUCCUAAAACUGUAGUCAUGAAUCAGAAUGUGUUAAGCCCACAGAACUUACCGCAUAGCAUGCUUAGUCCACAAAGUCUUCCUCAUAGUGCUAUGAGCCCGCAGAGUGUCAUGAGUCCUCACAACAUACCUCACAAUGUAAUGAGCCCUCCCAGUGUGUAUAACGUCAUGAGCCCACAAAGUGUCAUGAGUGUCAUGUCUCCCCAACAUAACGCAAUGAGCCCACAAAGCAUGCAAAGCUUGAUGAGCCCACAAAUGCCAAAUCAAAUGAUGAUGAGUCCAAGACACAACAAUAUUGGCAGCCCCAUGUCACAGAACAUGGCUAGUCCUAUGGUUAACAUGGCAAGUCCAAUGGGUCAAAAUAUAGCCAGCCCACAUAGUCACGGCAUGCCGAGUCCCAUGCAUCCAGGCCUACAAAGCCCUAUGGGACAAGGCAUGACAAGCCCAAUGGUGCAAAAUAUGUCCAACAUGACAAUGAACACACAGGUUCCAAACCAAAAUCAGAUGAUGAAUAUGAACAUGAACCAAGGUCAACAAAUGGCAGUCAAUCCAAAUUACAUGAACAACAGAAAUUGUAACGCUAAGGUACCGAAUAGAAAUAACAUGAACCAGUAUCACAAUCAACAAUACAACCAAGCUCCGCCUUACCCAGUACAGAAUCAGAACAUGAUGAGAAGCCAAAACAUGCAGCAAUAUCAGAUGAUGCAACAAUACAAUCAAAACCAGAUGCCGAUGCAUCAAAUGGGCAACCAGAACAUGGUGUACAACAACCAGAUGAACUACCAACCAGUGAACUACACGAACCAAAGCAACCAGAUGCAUCCACUGCAAAUGUCGAGAUCAUCGAUGAUGAGUGUAGACAAUAGUGGUAACAUGAGCAGAGGGACGAUGAACAACUACUGCGAGCAGCAGAACCAAUGUCCGCCGAUGCAAAAUGCGCAAUACAACCAGAACAUGCAGUACCCACAACCACCGCCAUAUAACUCGGUUGUGAAUGCUGCCAAUGUGAUGGGACCACCUCCUCCGAAGAACAACCACCAGUACAAUCAAACAAUGUUGAACAACAACCAGUAUUACAACCAUCAGAGGCCGUAUAACCAGUGGGACUACCCAGGAAACCAGUUCAACAAGCACAACAUGCAGAAGUCUGUACAGAACUCCAUGAACAUGUCAACUGGUAGUCAAAAGCCGGUGAACGGAGCGAGGGUACCGAUGAAUCAGAAUCAGAUGAAGGGAGAACAGCAGACUGACUGCAGUAUGAACAGCUUGAGAAGUCAGAACAAUCCAACGAGUGAAGUGCAAGUGUGGGACAUAUCUCAGUCGCAGAUAGAAGCCAAUAAUGGAAGAAAAAAGAACCAAAAUGCUAACACCAUGAGGCAAGAAACGUAUCAAAGGACUUUAGAGUACGUGGAAAGUUGUGAAAAUUGGAAGAGUUCGGAAAUGGUGUCGAGUAGCACGCAUCCCUUGCAGGGUGGUGACAAUAUGGUUGUAAAUGAUCUGCAAACGUCAUUGUCUUCGUUUUAUGAAGAGAACCAAUACCUCCAAAUGAUUCAAUAA